AUGGGCAGGCUGGGCGGACAGAUGAACUAUGUCCAACUUGAGAAGCUGGGUGAAGGUACCUAUGCUACCGUUUACAAGGGACGUUCUCGAACGACCUCCGAGAUUGUGGCGCUGAAAGAGAUUCAUUUGGAUGCGGAAGAAGGUACCCCGAGUACAGCUAUUCGAGAGAUCAGUCUCAUGAAGGAGCUCAAGCACGUCAAUAUCGUCCGCCUCCACGAUGUGGUCCACACCGAAUCCAAGCUCAUCCUCAUCUUCGAGUUUUGCGAACAAGAUCUCAAAAAGUAUAUGGAUGUUCACGGAGAUAGGGGAGCGUUGGAUUUGAAUACUGUGAAGAGCUUUACGCAUCAACUGCUGCAGGGUAUAGCAUUCUGCCACGACCAUCGUGUCCUGCACCGAGACCUCAAACCCCAGAACUUGCUCAUCAACAGGCGUGGGGAGCUCAAGAUUGGUGAUUUCGGUCUUGCGCGGGCAUUUGGUGUGCCGGUGAACACUUUCAGUAAUGAGGUGGUGACGCUCUGGUACAGAGCACCGGAUGUGUUGCUCGGGUCGAGGACGUAUAGUACGAGUAUCGACAUUUGGAGUGUUGGUUGCAUCUUUGCGGAGAUGAUCACUGGCUACCCGCUCUUCCGAGGACGAGACAACGCGGACCAGCUGGUACAGAUCAUGAAGAUUGUGGGAACGCCUAGUGAAGCUACGAUUGCCCAGAUCAAGUUGAACUCUCCCGAGAUCCAGAUCAAAGCACCUCUCGCCAAACACCCCAAACAACCUUUCCACGCCAUCGUCCCCCGCGCCCCCCGCGACGCCAUCAACCUCCUCGAACACCUCCUUCAAUUCGAGCCCUCCCGCCGAUACGACGCUCACACCGCCAUGCAGCACCCCUACUUUACCUCUGGCCCCAUCGCGCCGCCCACUUUGUACGAUGCGGGUGCGUCGGCGUUGUCGAGGGCGGGCGGGAGUGCGGGGGUGGGGGCGAAUGGGCAGGGGAUGAGUGCGAGUAGUUUGGCGUUGCCGCCGAGUGUGGCGGCGAGGGCGAAUCAGGCCAGUGCGGCCGUGCAGGCUCAGCAGGCUGCUCAGGCGCAGGCGCAGGCGCAACAACAGCAGGCUCAGCAGCAGCAGUACAAUAUGAUGAUGGCUGAACAGGCUGCUAUGCAGGGGUACUAUGACCCCCAACAGGUGCAAGCCCAUCACCACGCCCAAGCCCAAGCUCAAGCUCAGGCUCAGGCGCAAGCACAAGCUCAACACGCGGCGCAGAUGCAGCAGAUGCAACAGGGGUACUACAUGGGUAACGGCGGUAGGCAGGGGCACUAG